GUUAAAACCCGCCUGCAGAACCAGCAGCAUGGGGCAGGCGGGCAAAAGCUCUACAAUAACCUAGUUGAUUGUGCUUUCAAAACCUUUCGCAAGGAGGGCUUCUUUGGCAUGUACCGAGACGCUAAAGGUGGGCGAGCCCGAACUUAACGGUGGAUGCGUCUCACUCACGGUAUUGGUUCCAAUCAGGUGGACAUUUUGUAAUGUUUUAUUUGAUCAUGUUUAUAAUGAUAUUGUUAUUUUCAUCUGGUUCAUGUAUCAUUCACAUCAGUCAAUAUGUCAGUCAUUAUACAAGAAAAUAGGCCCAGAGUAUAGCUGAAAGAAACUUUGCCGUCUCUUCAGCAAACACCAAGCAGUGUCCAUAAAAUAUUAUCACAAUGUUCGAAUGUUCGAUGUUCGAAUUUCCUCUUCAAUUCAGAGAUUGACCAACACAGACAGUUAAAUGGUUAUCGAUUGUCAGCGACCUUUCAUCCAUCAUGCCAUGAGUUCUACCUGCUGGGAUCCAGUUAGAUUUUUGUUUCAUCAGUCCUGUCGAAUAUAGGAAAUGUGCACGGACAUUUCCAUGAAAUAGAUUCAUCCCACAUGUCCCAAUAUUUAACCAUUAUAAGCAUUUGUAUGGAGUAUUUUUGCAUGGCCUGUUCGCGAAGCAUACAUGUAUUAUUAUAAAGGCAGCAGUCCAUUAUUUCCCCAUAAAAGUUGUAAAUGAUCAUGAUGCUCUUGACUUUGCGAAUGUCCUGACCCCCUGGACCUGCACUCCUGCAUGGGCAUGGCUCCUUCCCAUUGACAUUGUAGAAUUGCCAUUGAAAACAAGCUUACACAAGAAAAGAACCAUUUGGCUGUGAUUUAUUUCACCUUGUUGGAACUGGAGAAAAGUUAAGCAAUUGGCACUCAUGUCCAUAACAGUGAUUUUACUGAGUGAAAGAAUCAGGGAGACAAUUUUUUUCUCUUUUUGUGACAAAAUCUCUCAAAGCUCAAAUGCUGUGAAAAACAUCAAUUUCUGUUUCUCCAUAAGGUGAGAAACAAAAGCUUUCUGGCUUGAAUUAAUCAGGGACCAGCUCUGAAAUUAUUGUGUGUCUGCGGCUUAUCCAUGAGAAUGCUGACAUUUAGGUGACUGAGCUAUUAUAACUUUCCAAGACAUUCCCCUGACAUUCUCAGCUGUCUGAGGUACUUUGUCAGUUAAGCUUGCUUGGGGAUGUUACCAUAGCAACGAGUUUUGUGAUGUUGUCUCAUCAAUUUUACUUAUCCCUUACUUACGAUAUUGGAUGGAUAUUAGUGGCAUGAAGAGAAAUAGGAUAUUUUAACCCUUCAGCUUCCAGAAGUUGGGGAGAGGCAAGGUUGAAAAUGGAAAAUGAAAAGAUGAUUUUCACCUGUAGUCCAUGUAGUAGUUAUUCUUGCUACAGGUAUGCUUUAAUACUGACAUUAAGGCUUGGGCUUGAAAGAGCUACAGUCAUCUUCAGUUGAUGGAGAACAUUUUAUAUAUAAAAGUAGAAGACACACCCUGUAAGAUUCAGUUCAGAUGCUCGUCAUCGAACGUUUAGAAACAGUAGGCCCAAUUUCAAACUCAGAACAAUCAAAACAUCAAAAUCCGUUUUGAACUCUAGUCAGCUAAAGGUUGAGCUAUGAUAAACAGUCUAAUUUGUUCCUCUGAUCAUGUGCUUUCUCCAUGGAGCUGGUCACUAAGUAUAAACCUGAAGCACAGGAUGCAAUGUUUAGUAUAAUUAGUCAGUUUCCGUUGGAACCAGUCUCCCUGCUGUGUAGGAAGAGUAAUCAAUAACGGCAAACUGAUCUCGGCACUGUUCCUUAAUUAGUGAGUGGGUGGUUUAUGGUGACAUGAAAUCACCAUUCCCACGUUAAUGAACUAUUAAUGUGUUUUGAAUUCUGGGUGCAGCAUCUUGUGGCUGGGCUUUAUGAGUGAAAUGAUCACAUACCUUUAGUACGCAUUUUGGUUGAGUGAGAGAAACGACGUGUUCAUGAAAUUUUAUGGAAUGCUGAUGGGAGUUGUGAAUAACAUUAUUGAAUAGUGGAAAAUGAAGAUAGCACAUUGGUAUUAAAAGUAUCAGGCAGUGGUUUUGACAAAACGAAUCCUGUGCAAUGUAUCAUGUUGGAUAUAGCUUGAUUUACAAGUUUUACUGAGCAGUUCAGUGUGACAGCAAGAACUGCUCAGUGGUGAAACUCUAGACCACUUGAGCUUGCAGCUUUCUCAUUGUCAAAUUACAUGAAUCUAUAAAACACUACGCGAAAAACUCACUCUAAGUGUUGUCACUAUUUGUGGACAAAUUGCUCAUCAUUCACAUUGUCAUUCAUUCAUGUAAUGAUCAUUUUCAUCAACAUACAACUUGUAUACUGUCAUUUGAUCCUUGACAGACAGGACCAGACCUUCUAUUUUGUGUAGUUUACCAAUAAAAGUCCUGGAUCGCAUGAAGGGCUGCAAACUACUAUAGAUUAUUUCCAACCAAAAGCACAGAUGACUGAUUCAGCUCAUGGGAUGAGGAACAAGAGUUGGCAUCGGUUGCUCCCAUCAGGCGCUGCUGGUGGGACAUUGAAGCAAAGCGCACAUCCAUUUUAGACAUGUCCAAAGCUUCCCUGCAGAUGCAUGUUGUGGCCUUCCCUAUCAGCUCUUUGUCAGUUGGCUAAGUUCUGCCAAGUGUGGUUUGGUCUGUGCCAAAGUUGAGAGAUAAUCUAUAAGAGUGCCCCUUUCCUUUCAACACCUAUCUUGCACCUUCUCCCCCUUGCUGCACACUUUGCCAUCUAUGGCCAGUUUUGUAACUGAGUGUUUUCUUCCGUUUCUAGGAUCUGGUGUCAACCUGUUGUUGAUCACCCCUGAGAAAGCCAUCAAGUUGGUGGGAAAUGACUUCUUCAGACAUCUCCUCAAAGAUAAACGUGGGAAGUUGUCGUUAUUCCGUGAGAUGCUCGCUGGUGGUGGUGCUGGUCUGUGCCAGAUCAGCGUCACCACGCCGAUGGAACUGUUAAAGAUACAACUGCAAGAUGCGGGACGAACAAAGAUUGUCCAGGAAGGUCCUGUUGUUGUCACUACAGCCAAAGUGGCCGGGCCAGCCAACACGAGGAGCUAUACAGCAUCUGCAGUCAUCAGCGUGGGACCAAAGCGACUCUCGGCAACACAGAUUGCCCUCACCUUGAUCAAGGAGAAGGGCAUAUUUGGCCUGUAUAAAGGUUGUGGUGCGACUUUCUUGAGGGAUGUCACAUUCUCAGCCAUAUACUUUCCACUCUUUGCCAAUCUGAAUGCUAUGGGCAAGAGACGUAAAGGCAGUGAUCAGGCGGUGUUCUAUCAUUCCUUCUUCUCCGGUUGUUUCGCUGGUUGUGUGGCCUCGUUCUCAGUCAAUCCAUUCGAUGUUGUGAAGACGAGACUUCAGGUGCUGAAUGUCGCCGCGGGUGAGAUCAACUACACAGGCAUUCUCGACUGUUUCAGCAAAACAUACAAUUUGGAAGGAAUCUCCGCUUUCUUCAAAGGUGCUGCGUGUCGAAUCAUGGUGAUUGCCCCUCUCUUUGGCAUCGCACAAACUGUCUAUUACUUAGGGGUGGCAGAGUUCCUCCUGGGCAUGGAGAAGCCCUGAACAUUGUGGACAGCAAACCUGUGAUUGGGCACGAGUUUAGACUCAGUAGUUGCAUUUAUUAACCUAAUAAUAUUGUAAAGAAACCUGGAUAAAGCUAUUGUUCUUGCCAACUAAGUCACAGCAAUCAAUGUGUGCAAAUGGCUAGGAUGCAUAUUGAUAUUAUGUUUGAGACACCAUUUUUAGAUUUAGAUGAUUUUUGAGUUUGGAUUACUUGCUAUUUUUUUUCAACAUGGGAUAACAUUUCAAAAAUGCCAAAAAUCGACAACAUUCAUUUUUUCCCAGUUUAGCUUUGUCCAGGUUGAUUAUUCCAUCAACUUUGAAAUAUCAAUAUUGUGCCAUAUCUUUGUGUAUUGGCUUAUCUCAAUCAAACACUGUUUAUUACUUUCAUUUUUGCUAGAAUCAUUUUCUCGCAUUUUUCAGAAUGCAAGGUGUGGUUGUGAAUCUAACUGUGGGCUUCAUCUUUUAAUGAUUCGCUCAUGGUUUCAAGCAAUAUGGGUCACUGACCAUCUUCGUAGCCAGAAUGAUAUUCUUGUGUUUUGAUAAAAACUGAAACAAUAUUUCAAUGUGGAAUUUCUCAAAGGGGCACAGAAAUAGUACUUCUUUGAGAGAGUAUGGAGAGAUGCAUGUGUUCUUAUGUGAUCCAACAUCGCCUGUCCUGUUCCUGUGAAGAGAAAGGUUCUGAGAGACGGAGGCUUGUCACGACAUCAGUUAUCAAAAGAUGCCGGGAUUUCAAGAGGAACAUGACAGGUGUCUGUGGAUCACCAGCAAAUGUUAUGAGUGCUACUUAUUUUGGUUUUGAUGAAUUGUUUGAAGGUGCUUUAUUUGUCUCAUUUAUUAAACCAUUUAGUUCAUCACCAAUCCAUAAUAGCUAGUCUAUUAUUACUAUUUGCUUCCUGAAGAUCUUGGAGAUUUCGUUACUGUACAAUCUCCAUCACCAAUCUGUCUCCUAAUGGUUUAUAUAGUCACAGCGAGGCUGAGAUCAGUUUGGAUUCAGAACCUUCAUAAAUGGUGUAUUUCGACCUCGCCUAGACAUUUCCUAUGGAAAAAAAUGAGGUUCCGCUAGUUGGGGGAAUGAAUAUGUGCUCCUUGUUGCUUAUUGCAAUCAUUAUUGUAAAUGUUGUUAUUGAGGUGUGUAGGACGAUAUCAAAGGCUGUCAGGAAAGAUUGCUUUCUCAUUUCAACAACGACUAGAACAUUUCUUUGUUCAUGAAGAACUCAUCCCGUAAUUUAUCAUACCCAAAAAGAUAAUCUAUAUAUACGUGUAUAUUGAAACUGAUGGUAACUUUUUAAGAUGCCAGAAAAAAGCUUUUUGUUGAAGGGGGCCUUUAGGCAAGAGCUACGGAGUCUAAUUGGGAGAUUAAUGAGUAAUUACACAUUUAGAAGACCGGGUCAUGUUCGAUUCUCCCCGUUGUGUUAUGAGAGGGCAAUCUAAUUUCUACGGUCGGCUGAUUCAUUAUUGUUUAGAUUUGUUUAGAUGAUAUUUAGUUUUGAAAUUAGUGCUAUGAUGAUAGGUUUUAGAUGCUAGUAUUGCUACACUGUGUAUGGGAAGGAUGUUGACAUUUCCUCGGGCCUACUUUGGAACACUUUAAGCUACUCUGUAUAAAGUCAGCUAUUGCUAGAAAAACACUCAUGUCAGCUCAUCUCAUGUCAAAUGACGUGGCUUUAAAUUGCUAAACAUUGAUUACUUGGUUGCUGCAAGGUGGCCCAGGGAGGUGUGUAAUAUAACAGUGGAACAUAUCAUAGUGAAGUGGUUAGACAGUUUUCAAUUUGUAUUUAAAGCAAGUGUUGUCAAUCAGACGGCUGUUAAGAGAUCAAACUUUUUUGUGAUUUCAAUCUACAAUCAUAUUUGCUGUUUGAUAGAGUUGAGGUUUUGAGGCGUGCCAUUAAUUUAUUCAUGUAAAUAGAAGGCAGACGUGGAUGUUGGUUGUUGGAGUGUUCUAAGUGUACUUAUAUCAUCAGACUCAUCUUUCUUUUGCGGAUAGAUGCAAUGUACAUCCCGGGCACCGAGCGUUGUUUAGAAAUUUUGACAUGACCAGGUCACUAUGUAAGUGCUCAAAGGGAGAUGUCUCAUGCCUUGUCUCCAAAGAUUGAAAGUUUGACAUGACAAGGUCUAAGCCUCUCAUGGUAGGAGACUAUAAUAUUGGUUGUGAAAGAUAGGAAAUAUACAUGUUAGUUGCAGUUUGUGUUGUAGAUUUCAUUGUGUACUCAGUGAAACUAUAUUGGUGAGACCAUAACAAUGACUCUGUGUUACCUCGGUCUCGUUGGUUGAUGUUUUCACGGUGGUGAUUCAAAUUGAUAUACCGAUUAUCUCCAGCCACAAAGUGUUCAAGUAUGCUAGUCUAUUGUGGCCCGUAACCUGUAUAUCAUUUGAGUCACCACUCUGGUUUCAUACAGCAGUCAUGGCCCGUAACCUGUAUAUCAUUUGAGUCACCACUCUGGUUUCAUACAGCAGUCACGGCCCGUAACCUGUAUAUCAUUUGAGUCACCACUCUGGUUUCAUACAGCAGUCACGGCCCGUAACCUGUAUAUCAUUUGAGUCACCACUCUGGUUUCAUACAGCAGUCACGGCCCGUAACCUGUAUAUCAUUUGAGUCACCACUCUGGUUUCAUACAGCAGUCACGGCCCGUAACCUGUAUAUCAUUUGAGUCACCACUCUGGUUUCAUACAGCAGUCGCGGCCCGUAACCUGUAUAUCAUUUGAGUCACCACUCUGGUUUCAUACAGCAGUCACGGCCCGUAACCUGUAUAUCAUUUGAGUCACCACUCUGGUUUCAUUCAGCAGUCAUGGCCCGUAACCUGUAUAUCAUUUGAGUCACCACUCUGGUUUCAUUCAGCAGUCAUGGCCCGUAACCUGUAUAUCAUUUUGGGUCACCACUCUGGUUUUAUUCGGCAGUCGUGGCCCGUAACCUGUAUAUCAUUUUGAGUCACCACUCUGGUUUUAUUCGGCAGUCAUGUGUUGCAGACGUGAUGCAACGUACAUAGUAAAUAAAGAAUU